GAAGCUGAAUACGGAUAGCGAGCCACAUCAUGGGAUGUAGAUCUCUCCGACUCUGACGAUGCAGCGAGCAUGGGAAGCAAGGACAAGUCCGCAGACGAUCCCAUCCAGCCGUUCGGUCCGAAACCAAUGCUACCGUACACAUCAUUGUUCAUUCUGUCUCCUACCAACCCGGUGCGGAGGCUGUGCCACUUCGUCGUCAACCUUCGCUACUUCGACAUCUUCAUCAUGCUGGUGAUUCUAGCGAGCAGCGUCGCGCUGGCGGCCGAGGAUCCCGUCAAGGAGGACUCGCAGCGCAACCACGUUCUCAACCUGCUCGAUUACGUCUUCACCGGCGUCUUCACCAUAGAGAUGCUGCUAAAGAUCAUCGACCUGGGAGUGAUCCUACAUCCGGGCUCCUACUGCAGAGACCCCUGGAAUCUCCUGGACGCGCUCGUCGUCAUCUGUGCCUUAGUGGCUUUCUACUUUGGGCAAUCUCAAACAGGUAGUGCAGGUAGAAAUCUCAACACCAUCAAGUCGCUGAGAGUACUGAGGGUGUUACGACCACUUAAAACUAUCAAGAGGGUGCCAAAACUAAAGUCUGUGUUCGACUGUGUGAUCAACUCGCUGAAGAACGUGCUGAACAUCCUCAUCGUCUACCUGCUGUUCCAGUUUAUCUUCGCCGUCAUUGCCGUGCAGCUGUUCAGCGGAAAGUUCUGGUAUUGCACCGACCUCAGCAAGAACAUCGAAGAGGAAUGCCAGGGAGAGUACUUUGAGUUCGUCGACGAAAAGAAACCGCCAAAGACGGCCAAGCGCGAGUGGAAGAGGCAGGACUUUCACUACGACAAUGUUGCCGAAGCCAUGCUCACACUGUUCACGGUGCAGACGGGCGAAGGCUGGCCAAAAGUGCUGCAGAACUCCAUGGAUGCCACGCAGGUGGACAAGGGUCCGCAGCCGGGCUAUCGGAUGGAGAUGGCCUUCUUCUAUAUCGUCUUCUUCAUCGUAUUUCCCUUCUUCUUUGUAAACAUCUUCGUUGCCUUGAUUAUCAUCACCUUCCAGGAGCAGGGAGAAAAGGAGUUGAUGGGAGGAGAGCUGGAUAAGAACCAAAAGCAGUGUAUAGACUUCGCCAUCAACGCGAAGCCGCUGGCGCGCUACAUGCCGCAGGACAAGAGCUCGAUCCGCUACCGCAUCUGGAAGCUGGUCGUCUCGUCGGUCUUCGAGUGGUUCAUCAUGGUUCUCAUCUCACUCAACACAAUCAUUCUUAUGAUGAAGCACAACGAUCCCGACCUUACAUACCUUCAAAUGCUAAACCUAUAUGAAUAUGGCCUUCACCACUGUUGUUCACCAAUCGAGUGUGCCCUGAAGCUGGCGGCGUUCGGAUGCAAGCGUCAGUCAGAGACAAACAUUUUGUCGUCAUGCUGCCUGGUGGUUUACAGCAAACCACUAAAUUACUUCAAGGACACUUGGAACACGUUCGACUUCAUCACAGUCGUAGGCAGCAUCGCGGACGUCCUGCUGUCUGAAGUAAAGAACAACAUCAUCAACAUCGGCUUUCUGCGGCUGUUCCGGGCGGCGCGCCUCAUCAAGCUACUGCGGCAGGGCUACACGAUACGCAUCCUCCUCUGGACCUUCAUACAGUCUUUCAAAGCUCUGCCAUAUGUCUGCCUCCUAAUCGUUAUGCUAUUCUUCAUAUAUGCAAUUAUUGGAAUGCAGGUUUUUGGCAAUAUAAAUUUGGAUCCGGAAACUGCAAUAAAUCGACAUAAUAACUUCCGAAACUUUAUCUACGGGCUGUUGUUGCUGUUCAGGUGUGCUACGGGCGAGAACUGGCAGGCGAUCAUGCUGGCCUGCAUCAGCGGGCGGGUGUGCGACCCGCUGUCGAGCAACGCCGACAGUACGUGCGGCUCGGACUUCGCCUACUUCUACUUCUGCAGCUUCAUCUUCCUUUGCUCAUUUCUGAUGUUGAACUUGUUCGUCGCCGUUAUCAUGGAUAAUUUCGACUACCUGACGAGAGAUUCCUCGAUCCUCGGACCGCAUCACCUGGACGAGUACAUCCGCGGCUGGGGCGAGAUCGAUCCGCAAGCCACCGGACGAGUGCAUUACUCAGACAUGUACGAGAUGCUUCGAAACAUGGCGCCACCUGUGGGGUUUGGGAGAAAGUGCCCCUAUCGGCUCGCAUACAAGCGCCUUAUACGAAUGAACAUGCCCAUAGCAGACGACGGCACUGUACAGUUCACGACGACCCUCUUUGCUCUCAUCCGAGAGUCUCUCUGUAUCAAAUACAGAGAUGCCGACGAGAUGGACCAAGCAGAUGAGGAAACACGAAUUAUUAUCAAGACGCUGUGGCCGAUGCAAGCUAAGAAAAUGCUAAACAAGCUAGUGCCACCGCAGUCAGAGCUGGGUGGAGGCAAGAUGACUGUGGGCAAAGUCUAUGCAGGCCUCAUCAUCUUGGAGAACUGGAGAGCGUUCAAGGCCAACCAAGCCGCCGGAUUUGGACGUCCGCCAUCUUUGUUUCGGAGGAUCAUGGGAGUGGUGCGAAACUCUUCGCACAGGUCCAGCCAGAGUCUGGAGGGCUCCGACGGCGAGUACGACUCCUAUGACGGUCAACAUCCCGGUCAGAGGUCAAGAUCACACUCACUUAGGGAUGGGUCCUCCCUCAGCAUCGACAAGAACGAAAACGACCAUCAGUGGAAGCGCUCGUUUACUUUUCUCAGACGCAGCAGCAGCCACCGGAAAAAACGCAACGCCCAAUUCGAGCACAAGACCGGAGAGACGCCCCGUUCUCAGGGUAUAGAGAUGACUGACGUGCAGCGCGGCGGGGACAACCCAACUGUCACCACGGCGCUCCUGUCCGCCGUCUCCGACCUACACGCGGCCUCUGGACCUAAGCUCACCAUUCCAAAUGCUUCAGGCGGCUUACGGCCCCCUGAUCAUCAGACGGUGCAGCGCACGCACUCGGACACGAGCGCGAUGUCGCCACCGUCGACGCCGUUCGUGCGCCGCAGCCUGCGCUCGCCGUGCCCCUCGCGAUCCGUCUCACCGCAUCCCGGCAGCUGGCGCAACCGUAGCCUGUCACGGUCGCCGUCGCCGCGUCGACCGACGGGUCUGUCGACGGCUGUCUUCAAUCUUAUCGAUACGGCACACGACAUCGCCAAGCAGGAUCGGCUGCAGAAACUGAAAGGCAAGAAGAACAAGGAUGAGGACCUGUUUGGCAUCAACUCUCCCGAGUUGCAGCGAGGACGCAGCCGCAUCCGUCGACCGCGCGUCGGCGCCAAGUCGCCCGCCGUCGUGGCGCCACCAUCGCCGAUGCCGCCCGCUGCACCACCGCCGCAGCAGCAGCACGCAGCGCCGCCGCUGCCGCCGCCAAACUUCAAGACGACGGUGUUGAACCAGCGGUCGCGCAGUCCGAGUCCCGUGCUGACUCCGUCGAGCAACGAGUAUUACGGCACGGCGCAGCUCGACCUGCGCUCGCGCAGCCCCAGCCCGGCCACCGACGCCGAGCACGGCUCGCUGCGGCGACCGCCGCGCCGCCUGCCGCCGACGCCCAACAAGCCGUCGACGCUCAACCUGCAGCUGCGACGCGCCGACCGCACCGUGCAGCUGCCACACGUCGCGCAGUCGCCGACGCUGCCGGCGCCCGACCCGCAGUCGCCCGACAGCAUCAACUUCCCGCGCCUGAGCGCGUCGCCGACGCGCGCUCGCGCCCAAGCACAGCAGCAGCAGCAACAGCAGCUCGCGCCGACGCAGUUCCGCGGGAUCGCGGGCCACACGCCGUCGCCGGGCACGAGUCCGUGGCCGUCGCCCGGCAUCAGUCCGUCGGGCAAUCAACAGGUGCUAAACAAUGUCGUCGGCGCGGCGCGGUCGCCGCGCGAACGCACCGGCAUGCCGUACAUCGACAACGGCUUCCGGUUUGGCGACGCCGGCCGCGCCGCGCCGCGCCAGCCGAACGGGUUCAAGCCGCGACAGCAGCGCCACAAGGAGGCGCCGCGGCUACGGACGUCGGCCGCUGGGCCCGAGCACGGCAGUGACUCGGAGGACGACGAUUGGUGCUGA